UGUGGAGAAUCCAGAGGGGAAAACUUGUGAUAAAGAGAGUUGUUGCACCAAAGCUAAAAUGGCAUAUGUGUGUGAAUAUGCACAGGAGCAGACUUCUCCAGGUUUAUGUAAUUUAAAACUGGAGUAGAUGUUCCUCCAUUUAAGAAAUGAAUGGUGGGUGGGGAGAGUGAGGAAUCCAAACAGGGGUGGUGAUUUGGAGAGGGUUUCAAAACGCCGGAAAGGAAUGACUUUUUGUAUGUGUGUAUAAAUAAAUAUUUAGAUGGUUUUAAUUAAGGAGUUUUAAUGACUUGGGCAGUUCAAUUGCACUCUGUGUGUAAACCUCAUUGGCAGACUUGUGUGGAUUGAAAGUUAAGAGUAGAAAUGAAUUAAAUACACAUUUUGAAACAAUCUGAAUGGCAUGGAAAUUAGCUGUACUCCUGCUUAUCUGUGAUGCAGGCUGAAAUUUCUGAAGAGUCCAGGGCAGCUCCACAUCAGACGUAUUGCAGUAGUGUCGCCUUGCAGCCCUUUGAAAAAAAAUAAGCUUGGUGCCCAGCACCCUUAGAUAGAAGGGAACAGUCUUUGAUCUGGAAGCUACUGCCCUAAAUUUCAAACAGUGUAGAACAUAAGGUGUGAAUACUGAGUAGUGCAGGGAAAGACACAUUACACAUUCUCAAAAUCACUAGUUGAUUGCUUCACGUGUUCUAGGGCUGCGGCCUGACUUUGUAAGACAUAAGUUCCAGGGACCAGACUAGGCUGAAUAAAAACUGUUGUAACUGUGGUCUGUGUGCACACAAUUACCCCAACAAAAGAUCCUAGCAACUAUGCACUUAACUAUAUUUUACUGGUCACCCUCCCCAAAGUAGCCUGCCGCUGCUCUAAAUUAGUCUGGAAUGUUUGGCUGUGCAGUGCUGGGUUGCUAUGGUUACCAGUUUAUUGUGCUGGAAACCAUGGAACCAACCCAGUAACAGAAAUUCUUGUUGGAGCAAUGGGCACAUCCCAUAAACUAGGAAUAGCCGCCAUUGGGUCCCCCAGGCUCGCUCAAAGCAGCCUCCUCCCAGCAUGGCCUGGCUUCAUGUUUCUGGUGGUGCCUCCAUUGUGAUUUCCCCCAGACACAACCUGAUCUUGACUGUUUCUGUUCCUCUUUUCCUAAAUACAAGAAGACCAGCUGGUUCUCUGGGAUGGUGGGUGUGACUCAUAUUUCCUGUGACAUGCUUUCCCUGUGGAUAGAUUUGGCUAUUGCUUUGCUGCUGUUGCUGCUGUGCUUCCAACCGGCGUCAGUCUACAUUUCAUCCCUGUGUGGGUGUUAAGAUAAGGAAGCUCAGAAUAUUGUGAAGCGCAGGAACUUCCACAGAUCUGCAGGCCUCAAGUAGGGGCCACAGUACCACACAACCCUGUCAGAAUGGUUUCAAUGCUCUCUCAUUUGUACCCUGUCCUUCCAAGGAGCUUGUGGCAACUGACUUUGUGUCUCCCCUGUUUAUCCCACAUCGAAUGAACAAGUCAGUCACUGUUAUCUUGGUGGGUAAGAUGCCAUUCUAUAGAUAGCAAACUGAGGCAGAGUAUUUGCACCAAAGCCAGCUCUAUUACUUGUGAAACUUGUGCAACAUGUUACACCAGGGGUCAGCAACCUUUUUCAGCCGUGGGCCAGUCCACCAUCCCUCAGACCACGUGGUGGGCUGGACUAUAUUAUGGGGGGGGGGGGGAAUGAAUGAAUUCCUAUGCCCCACAAAUAACUCAGAGAUGCAUUUUAAAUAAAAGCACACAUUCCACUCCUGUAAUUCCCAGACCAUCCGUGGGCCAGCUUGAGAAGGCAGUUGGGCCUCAUCCGGCCCACGGGCCUGAGGUUGCCUACCCCUGUGUUACACAGCAGCUUUGCAAAGUGAUACUCCAACACUUUUUCCUUUGAAACAUAUCUACCAAUUCAUUUGAAAAGGGUAACGGAGGGCGAAAGGAUAUUCACCCAAGCUCUUCCUCAGUGAAAAUGGUGGAUCUCCCCCCAGCUGCUGUUUGCCCUUUGAGAAGGGAGAAUUGGAGAAAUGGUUGAGGGGAGGGCUUAAAUGUGUGUGUGUGUCACACUGCUCCUGCUCUGGAAAAACACAGUUGUAGAACUCUGGAGGAAGCAAUGGUUGGAUUUAAUUCAGCAGUGUACUAAAGGAAAGGGGCAGUGAGACCAGGUAGAAAGGAAAGUUGAAGGAGGUGGGAAGAAGCCAGAGGGUGUGGGAGAUGUGUUGAGAUAGGAAAUUAAGAUAAAUGGGGACAGUGGGAAAGGGUAGAAAAAGCAUUUGUGUAAGUUUACAACCUUUUCUCCAGCACAUGACAGAAGUUCCAGCAGUGGAAGUUUGGACAGAGGCCUCAUGGAAAAACAUUCACUUGUGUGAUACUGCUAAAGGUGCAGAAGAGGUGCCUGCCUCUUCUACAAAAGGUGCAGGGGGGGCACAAAGCAAGGGAUGGGAGAUGAAAUAGGGCUGAAGAAAAUGUGCAAGGGGUGGCUAGCGAUGAGGUGUGGCCCUGGAAAAUGUUUUCACUUUUUCUCCCCACCUCUGCACACAGAUGAACUGGAAAGGCAAAAGAAAUACUGCAUUGAAUGAAACUAGGCCUUUAAGUCUUUGUGAGCUUGUAGCCAGAACACACCAUUUCAGAAGUGCUACUACCAAUGUUGUUCCUUUGGAAAUCCUUGCACAAAUGUGGCUCUCCCAGGAUUGUUGAAACGCCUCCUAUCGGUCUCCUCCACUCUGGCUCUUCCCAGGCUGCAGAUUGGAGGCUACAUGAUGACCCAGAGCAAGCAAGGGUGUUUCCCACUCUCUUCUGCCUGGCUGACUCACUGCCUGGGUCCUCUGCCGGCAAUAAAAAACGCCUCUGGUUUACAGAGUUUCCUUUGCAGCUGACCAGAACACAGAGCCGGCCACUAAGACAAUGCAACAACGCCUCUUGUUUUUUCUGGGUGAGUGUUGCCCUCUGCACAGCCAACCCCAAUUCCUGGAUGCCACUCUGAAAUUACCUUGUGAACAGCUGAUCCUGCCAAGGAGCAGGGGGCUAAGAGUUUCCACCAGCGACAUCAGAAUUGUGGGGUGUGUUUAUUGGGGACUAGGAUGUCUGAGCAGGGAAUGAGUUCUACUUGAGAAGCAUUGAAAAGAAGCCUACUCAGGUCAGUGCAAUAGUGUCUGCAAUGCUGCAGCAUAAAUAGCAUCUUUACUUUCUCAAAGCAGCUCUGCUUGCCUCCCCCACCACCACCUACUUGCACAUUGGGAAAUCUUUUCUCCGUCUAAAAUACAUGUUGUAAAUUCAUUUACUCUGCAAUCUCCUGAUCUGUAUUGGUUUCUGAAGCAAGGGACUGUUGGUAAACUGACACUCAUAACUGAUCUGGUUGCACUUAUAAAGAAAAGUUGCAACUCAAGCAUGUUCUGAAACUUUUAUUGUCCCCAUUUACUGUGAGUGGAGGGUUGGAAGAGAAGCAGUGCACUGAUAUGUUGUGUCCAUUUACUAAAAUCAAGGUAUUGCCCCCAAAGUUUGAAAUCUGCAGAACACAUUUUUAAAAAGACAUUUCCCAGUAUCUCCCUGAAGGACACGACAGGGAAAUGUUGUUCCAGAAAGCAGAGAGAUAGUUUGACCAUAUUUAGAAUAGAUGUUGUUAAUGGCAUUUUACAUUUUGUGAAUUCUGUCCUCCCAUAAGUCUCCCAGGCACAGUGGUAGGCUUGUGGCAGAUCUGGCAUACCCAGUGGAAGACCAACAAAUUUGUCCCUUCCCUCAGUCCCCUUCCAUGCUGUAACUUCUGGUGGGGGUGUAAUAACGUAGGUACUGAGCACCUCAUCACUGCUGCAUUUCUAAUUUAGGUCAUUGUUUUGGGCAAAGGGAAUACCAAAAUGGAAAAAAGGGGCUGCGAUAGCUCAGUCAGUUGAGCACGAGACUCUUAAUCUCAUGGCAGUGGCCUCAAGGCCCACAUUGGGCAAAAGAUUAUGAAUCCUGCAUUGCAGGGAGUUGGAAUAGAUGAUCUUCAUGCUCCCUCCUACAGGCAGGCAGUUCAGACCUCUGGCAUGAGGGGUCUGUCUUUAUUCUGGAAUGUGGCCCCUAACAGAUUAUCCCACCCCUUCUAUCAAGAAGGACUCCCCACCACUGAUCCAUUACUGUGCUCUGAACAUGUGACUAACAUCCAAAAUCCUUCCCUAUAGCCUUUGUAAGUUAAGAGUACAAAAGGCUGAUAAAAGAGUAGGAGGAGUUAAAGAAGCUGGUGUAAUGCUCUAGGAAUUUUAAAGAGUAUUGGUGAACAGCUGCUUGUGAUUGACAGGAGCAUUCCAAGGCGGUUGGAGUCUGUUGGAAUCAGAGUCCACUAGAGAAGGCCAUUGGGCUACCAUAUUUAUUUGCCACCAGUAGCUGCCUCUAUCCACUCCCUCUAGAGGAAGGAAGGAGCCUGGGGACUGGGACCCAUCAACACCUCAGCACAUCCCUAAUAUUGAGAGCCAAUCUGGUCUUUUUUAAAACAAAACAAAACCAGGAGUUAAAUAAAGUGUGGAAUAGUAUCAGUGGUGGUUAGGAGACGUCAGGAAAGAAAAGUUAGUGAGAUUAGGGUGAGGACAGGGAUGGAAGAUGCAGAAAUAGACUUUUCAGUUGUGGAUAGGCUCAGGCUUUGCUCUUAUUUUAUAGGAAGAAGUCCCAGGUGGUACUGGUUAAUACACACCUUUUUAUUUGUUUAACCCUCCAAAUAUUAUUUUCUGGCUCUGGCUCUCCCAUGAGCAUGAAAAUGUCUACCUAGAUCCAUCUCUGCCAGGGCUUGGCAGCCUGUUGUGAUCUUGAGAACACAGCCCAGAAUGUUUACACCGGUAGAACUAACCAUCCACUUGAGCUUAAUCUCAUUUGAAACCUCUUGCCUUGUUUUUGCAGUUGCCUUCCUGAGACUUCAUGCCACAGGUCCCUUUCCAGUACGUCUGUCUGGAGGCCCAAGCCUCUGUGCAGGACGAGUGGAACUGUUCCUCCAGGGUGAAUGGGGAACAGUGUGUGAUGACAGUUGGGAUUUGCAAGACGCAGCUGUUGUGUGUCGAGAGCUAGACUGUGGGGCUGCCCUUUCAGCACCCCAUGGGGCCUGGUUUGGUGAAGGACCUGGACCCAUCUGGCUGAAUGAGGUGCGCUGCCUGGGCACCGAGGAAUACCUGCAUUCCUGCCCCCACAUUGGGUUUCGCAAGCAUGUCUGCACCCAUGAGGAGGAUGCCAGUGCCAUAUGCUCAGCUCAGCCCUUCGCUCCUCUUACCGCCUUCCCCCCUCAACCGGAUUUCAGAUGGGGCCAAAUGAAAGCAGCACCGACAGCAAGACCAUUCAUAUCUUCUGCACCUGCUGAGGGGACUCCUGCUCUACGUCUCGUGGAUGGCAGAAGCCGCUGUUCCGGCCGACUGGAGGUGUUUCAUGAAGGGGAAUGGGGCACAGUAUGUGAUGACAUGUGGGACCUUCUGGAUGUUGCUGUGGUCUGCCGGGAGCUGGACUGUGGGGAGGCACUGGCAGCACCAGGCAGUGCCUUCUUUGGCGAGGGGAGAAGUGUCAUCUGGUUAGAUGAUGUACAGUGCCAAGGAGAAGAGUCAAUGUUGUCAGAGUGCCGUACCAGCCUUUGGGGGACAACCAACUGCCGGCACAGUGAAGAUGCUGGGGCUGUGUGUUCUGGUGAGAUGCCCCUGGCCAUGGUGGAAGAGCAUGUGGCCAUGCUCACAAGGACUUUGGCACCCCAGAGGCGUCGGUAUAUGGCCCCUAAAAGAAUUCCCCGUCCUACUCAGCCUACAGGGAACCAAGAAGCAACUGUAGUUAAUGAAGCAUUACAAAUAGAGAAGAGCCAAAAGGAAGCAGUGCCAGAUGGCCAGUGGCAGGUGCGGCUGCAAGGAGGCCCUGGAUCCUGUGCUGGACGAGUAGAGAUUCUGUACCAAAAUCACUGGGGCACAGUAUGCGAUGAUGGCUGGGAUCUGGUGGACGCGGCAGUGGUGUGCCGUGAGUUGGGCUGUGGGCCCCCUCUUCUCAGCCCUGGUAAUGCAAGAUAUGGGCCAGGAUCUGGACCUAUCUGGUUGGAUGAUGUCAACUGCACUGGGGCAGAGUUUACUCUACAGAACUGCCGCUCCCAGCCCUGGGGGACACACAACUGCAAUCACCAUGAAGAUGCUUCAGUCAUCUGCACAGGCAGGUGGAAGCGUCUGUCAUUGCCAGACUCAUCAAGCAAUUCAAAGAUAGCUGCACCACCAGCUACAACCAUGAAUCCAGGGCAAAGCAUCUUGGAUGUGGCUGAGACUAGCCCAACUCCUCAGGAGUUUUCAGCCAGCUGGGAGCUAGAGUUCCCCGAAGCACCAUUCCUAACCACACAAACUGUGGAGCUUGAACUGGAAAAGGAGCAAAAGCAAGCGAGCCCCUUCAACAUAAUUGAAACAAUCCCUAAUCCAGAAACCCUGCAGUACAUCCAAGAGAUGGAGUCAAGAAACACUCCCAAGAUAGAACCAUCUACACAGAAAUGGGGGCAAGAGCCCGUUUAUGCCUCAGUUGAAUCUCUGCCAGCCUCACCCACGCUGGAACUGGUGUCUGAAAGAGAAGCAGAGACAAUAAGCCUGUGGAAUAUGGAUAAAGCAACACCUAAUCUAGAGAUCCUGCAGCAUGUUCAGGGGACAGAGUCAGCCAGCACCCCCACUACAAGGCCACAAAUGCACAAAUUGGAACAACCCCCCGCCCCCUCCACAGCUGAGUUUCAGCCAACCUUAGCCAUGCAGGAACUGGAAUCUGAGAAAGAAACAGAGUCAACGAGCCCAACAGGAACAGGACUGCCCACAGUUGCACCAGGCCUAACACUUGCAACAGAGGUAGUGCAGUCUGAGCACAGGGACAUUGCAUUUAAAGCGCCCUCUGUACAGAAGGUAGAACUCACCUAUCCCACGGCUACAGAUCAGCCUACCACUUCCGCAUCAGUUCAGGAACCUGACAGAGUGAAUGUAAUUGAUCAUGUAGUAAAGGAACUGUUCCUGUUCUCAAAGAUCUUGAAGGCUGCAAGAGAGAUGGAAGUGUCAGCAGCCACACAGAAUGCACAAUCUGUAAACUACAUGGACUCUAUAAACCACAAAUCGUCACAUUCUGAAGAGAACGCAGAUCAGAAGCAACAAGAGGAAUCAAACACAUAUCCCCAUACCAUGGGGCCCACAGAGCCUACCAUUGCUCCCAUUGUCUUGACCUCUUUGGCUGAAACAGAUGUUCACGAUACAACUGUUCUGCUCCAAAGUACAGUGUCACAUACAGUUUCUAUGGAUGGGCUGCUUCAGGAUAGUUUGGUGAGCUCAGGAAACACAGAAAGAGGAGCUGGUACCACCUCCGCACCAGGCUUGAUUGAAGCACCAGGUCCAAACACCACUUUGACUGAAUCUGUUACCCACAGUGCUACAGUUAGCGAGACAUCCUCGGACUGGCCUUUUAGGCAAGACUCAAGGGGAAAGGAUCAAGGCUGUUGCUGUUCACCACCUGGCCUGGAAAACUUGGCCCAUGCAAUGACAAGUCUCCGUGGGGAACUAGGCUCCCUCUCUACUGCCAUUCAACAUCAGGGAUCUCAACUACAGGCUGUUGCCCGCAGUCUGGCGGAGCUGGCAGCUUCUGUGAACCAUCUUGUGGGGGUGCUGCCUGCCUUACUGAAGCCAGCAGCUGCCCAGUCGUCCUCAGCUCAAAAUACGCAGAAUGAAGGCCAAAUGCAUAACCAGCUGCCUUUAAAAUGAAAACAGCACUUUCUAUAAGGAAAGGAAGUUGCCUCUCAAGCCAACUAGUGUCAAACAUCUGCUAUGAGGUGAUCCCACCUCCCAUGAAAUCCCAUUAAAUAUGCCAUAAGCAGAGGUCACACAUGUUACAAAAAGGUACUAUAGGAGACCUCCACCCCAAUGGUUAUGGGGUUUUGGUUGAUCUAUUUAUAAGCAGUUAACUAGAAAAAUGUGCUGAGAAUGGUAAAAUUGGGAAGCGUUGCACAGUUCACAGGAGGAUGCAUUGUCUGAAAUCCAGAAGUCAAACGGAUUUGUAGAUUUUUUUUAAAAUGAACAUGAUACUGUAUAGCAAUUUCAAAGGUAAAAAUGCAGAACCGAUUAUGAUUGGGUACUAGAUUGAUUGGGUAAAAAUGUUCAAAUAAGUGUUUGUAUAAUUGCUUACAUUGAUGUGUGGUGGCCUGAUCAGUAUUAUCUUCUAAAAUAUUUUGGAUUUUAGCAUAAGCCUUCAUGAAUACUCCAUUCAUUUGUUUGUGUAGGCUGGUCAUCGAACCUUUCUAUGUAAUAAACUGUUGAAUUUUGUGUGAUCAUUUCUGUGCAAAAUGGGAGGGACGAGUAGAGAAGACUGGAAAGGGCAGGAGCCAAGCACUAGGUGUAUUCUUUUUGGUAAUACUUGUCUCAGAAGUAAAUUCCCAAAAUGACCACCAGAUGUCAUCACAAUGUCAUAGACACAACCCAAGCACCAUAACUGAAAUCCCUUCCAUAGUUGAAAAUCCUCUUCAAUUUGAUCAGUUAAACCUACUCCUAAUAAAACUACUACAAUAGUGUAAGAAGUCACUUAGAGGGAUGAUUUUAGGAGAGAAGUUGACACCUUCACUAAUGUCUGAAUCUGUUGGACAAAACUCUGCAAUAAUAAACAACUAAAUUAUAACCAUUAUGCUUACUUUGGGGGGGAAAAAGGUAUCCAAUACGUUAGAAUUAGGAAUUUUGCUGGUAAUGUCAAUGUGACAAUGAGGAUGAUAAAUGGUAUUGUUAUCAUAAAGGUAAAGGGACCCCUGACCAUUAGGUCCAGUCAUGACCAACUGGGGUUACGGCGCUCAUCUCGCAUUAUUGGCCGAGGAAGCUGGCGUACAGCUUCCAGGUCAUGUGGCCAGCAUGACUAAGCCGCUUCUGGCGAACCAGAGCAGCACACGGAAACACUGUUUACCUUCCCGCUUGGAGCGGUACCUAUUUAUCUACUUGCACUUUGACAUGCUUUCGAAC